UAUAAGCAGUAUAAGUGGUAUAAGUGUUCUGUGCCAUAACUGCCAUAGACCCUGAAGGUAUGGUACACUGCACCUCAUAUGAAGUAACACGAAGGCUUUUCGAGCAUGCGCAGCGUGGUAGCGUGGAUGAUAUGAGGCUUAUUCUCAGCAAAGAAUGCGGCAACGACGUCGAGCAGGCCGCGCUGUCCUUACGAACGAUAACUCAUGGGAAGCGUGGUGACACGUUGGCUCAUAUUGCGUGUAGAUGCGGUUCUCUGAACAUACUCCGAUUCCUCUGCGAAGAAGUUCACUGUCGGCUGCUCCUUGAAAGCCAGAACUAUGACGGCAAAAGGCCGUUACACGAAGCUGCCCAGCUGUCUCAACUUGACAUCGUGCAGUUUCUCAUUGAUCAAGGAUGCCAGAUAGAUCCUCUGAAAAGGGCCGACUGGACGCCACUUAUGUUGGCAUGUACGAAGAAUGACCUGGAAGUGGUUCAAGCACUGGUUGCAAGUGGUGCCAAUACAAGACUACGAAAUAAGGAUGGUUGGACACCAUUUCACAUAUCGUGCAGGGAAGGCCAUGUACACAUAAUGUCCUGCCUUUUGGAUAUAUCCCCAGAUGCAUGGAACACCAGCAGCAGGAACAAGAGAACACCACUUCAUACAGCUGCUUUACAUGGCCAGUUGCAAUGCGUGAAGCUGCUUCUAAAGAGGGGCCACUAUCCACCAGAUGUAGCUGACAACUGUGGCACUACACCUUUCAUGGAUGCUGCGAGUGCAGAUCAGGUGGCCAUACUGGACUGCUUGGCAGAGCUCCAAAAGGCUGACGUAACCAAGAUGGACGUACUGGGUAACAACAGCCUGCACCUGGCAGCGCAAACAGGUGCCACCUCUGCAGUUUUGUCACUUGUUGAGAAAUAUGCCCUAGACAUCAACAGCAUCAACUCUUGGGGACAGACUCCUCUGCAUUUGUCUGCCAAGGCAGGCCAAGAUGAUGUGGUUAAACUGCUAAUUGACCUGGGUGCUGUAUGCAAUGUCAGAGAUAACAAAGGUCGCACAGCAUAUGACCUGGCAAAGAAUAAUGGCCACAACACCUGCUGUAGACUCUUGCAGCAUCACAACAUGGAGCAACAAUAAAAAUGCUUCUUUCCAACAA